UGGGCCUCUCUGAUGCCACAUCGGGUGACCGACAUCGAAGCGGGCGACCCCGAGGAGGCCCAGAUGUGCGCCCAGUAUGCACAGGAGAUCUUCGACUACAUGGCAUACCUUGAGACCAAGUGGCCUGUGGAACCUAAGUUCCUCCGGCUGCAAACGGCGGUGACACCCGAGAUGAGGGUCAUCCUCAUCAACUGGAUGAUGAUGGUGCACCAACGCUUCCAGCUGCUCCAAGAAACAUUGUUCCUGGCCGUCUCACUCACUGACAGAUUCCUCCAGGUGCAGAGUGUGAGCCGUUCCAAGCUUCAGCUGCUGGGUGUGUCGGCCAUCUUUGUUGGCGGCAAGUUUGAGGAGAUGAUGCCGCCCACACUUGCAGACAUGAUCUACGUCACCGAUGGUGCUUACCAGAGCAAGGAAGGGCUGCGCAUGGAGCAGCAGAUCCUUCGCACACUCGACUGGUUCACGGUGCAACCCUUGCGUCUUUACUUCCCGCACCGAAACUUCAAGGCAGCCCAGGCUGACAUUGUGGAGCACAACCUGGCCAAGUUGAUGCUGGUGCUGUGCCUGCUGGACAACCCCAAGGCAUGGGUGCGGCCCUCCGAGCAGGCUGCUGCGGCCGUCUGCCUCACCCUGUCGUUGUUUGACCGGGAGGACCAGCACAGGUGGGGUGCCCUGAUGUCGCACUUUGGGCGCUACACGGAGGAAGCCCUGCAGCCCACCAUCAAAGGCAUGGCAGGACUUCUCCUCGAUGCACCAAAAAGCACCCACAAGGCUCCAUACGAGAAGUACAAGCGCAGCCGGCUCGAAGGUGUGAGCACAGUGAUCGUUUCCCACGAUGCCAAGCUCCGCGAGAUGGCUGGCCGACCCUGAGGAAAUGCAGAAGAUUU